GUUGACAAGGAGGAAGUAGCCAGUUGGGUUUUAUCCUUUCAAUCACAUCCAAGAAGUAGAGAUGAUCUGGAUAAUGGACAAUUCAAUGGAUUCAAUGGUUCCAGAACAUCUCAGUUUCAACCUGAUGGUAGCCAGGCUUUGGAUCAUAAUGGUAGUCAUUUGGCAAGUACCUAUUGUGCCCUGGCCAUACUGAAGAUUGUUGGCUACAACUUGUCAAGGAUGGACUCUGAAUCAAUGUUGAUCUCAAUGAAAAACCUUCAACAGCCCAAUGGGAGUUUUAUGCCCAUACAUAUUGGAGCGGAGACAGACCUCCGAUUUGUAUAUUGUGCUGCUGCCAUAUGUUUUAUGUUGAAGAAUUGGAGCGGAAUGGAUAGAGAGAAGGCGAAGGACUACAUACUUAAUUGCCAGUCAUAUGAUGGUGGCUUUGGUUUAGUUCCUGGCUCAGAAUCUCAUGGUGGUGCAACAUACUGUGCGGUUGCAGCUCUCAGAUUGAUGGGAUUUAUUGAGGAUGACCUUCUAUCCAAAAGCACACCAUCUUCAAUUAUUGAUGUGCCAUUGUUACUGGAAUGGAGCUUGCAAAGGCAAACAGUAGAUGGUGGAUUUCAAGGCAGACCCAACAAGCCCAGUGACACAUGUUAUGCAUUUUGGGUUGGUGGGGUUUUGAGGAUCUUAGGGGCUCACAAAUUCCUUGACAGUGGAGCUCUACAUGGAUUUUUGCUAACCUGCCAGUCCCAGUAUGGUGGGUUUGGUAAAUUUCCAGGAACACUGCCGGAUCUGUACCAUUCCUACUAUGGUUUAUCUGCUUUCAGUUCAUUGGAAGAAUCAGGCUUGAAACCUCUCUGCAUCGAACUUGGUAUCACAGAUGUUGCUGCUUUUGGAAUCUGAGCCCAACUGGGUGCUUGUAACCAGAUGUAUACAAGCUUGUAUGGAUUAGUGCAUGUAUCACAUGCCCAGAAAGUUGGUGGAAUUACUGAUUUGUUUAUUUAUUUUUUCUAUAUCAUAUUUUAUAUUUGGUUGUACUAAUUUUUAGAUAAAGAUGAGUCUGAUUAUGUCAAAAUUAAAGCAAUAUUGAGUUGA